AUGCUAGAGCUAGCAGCCAGCCUCGUCAAGCCACACUCAACCAGACGUUCAGACGCAAACUGCGUGAGUCUACCUGAGACUCCCUUAUACAAGGGAGCCAUGAUGAGUACGAUCUAUGCAUGGUUGGACAACCCAGUGAAGUUCGAGAAGUCUCAUGGCAUCAAUAACACCCUGGAUCCUGAGAUUGUCCCAAAGUCUGACCACAAGGAGGAGAAGACUCACAUCGUUAUUGUGGAGGGCUUUUUGCUUUACACCUCUGGACCUUUGAUCGACGUGCUUAACCAGCGCUACAUUAUUUCCAUCCCAUACGAAGAAUGCAAAAAGAGGUGGUACUCUAGGAACUACACAGUGCCAGACCUCUUCUUCCUCUUCGACGGCCAUGUCUGGCCCAUGUAUUUGAAACACAACAACAUCACCUUUAACGAACAUCCCCCGUUAAAGGGUUUUACUAACAAUGGGUCUAGUUUGGGCAUUUAUGUGGCACCUCAGGGGUCCAAGGAUCUAAUCUCCACAGAGAUAUGA